AUGUUACUGAGUGCGCAAAAUUCUGAUGAAUUUUUAAAACAUGAGAACAUAGAACCUACUCAAUCUAUGGUGGUAAGCAAGAAUUCAGAAGGUCUAUUUUUCCCUGGAGAGAAACAGCCUGAGGAUUCCGAGAUCACAGUGUCCUUCAAAGACAAAGAACACUUGGAUUUGGGAACCUCUGAGACAUUCGUGGACGAGAAAACUAGUUACAGGGAAACAGCUUGGUCCUCACAGGAAACUGAGAAAGAGUACAACACAUCAAAAGUCACAUCGCCACAUUCGGUUGAGACUAUUGACUAUGAAGUUCCCGAAACUAUUGAUUAUUUACAGGACGGACAGAGAUAUGAGGAGCCAGAUGAUUCUUUAUAUUUAGGAGAAGAGGAAUAUCUAGAAUCGAUUGUACACUCUGAAGAGGCAGAAACCACUGUGGAAGAAGAGGAUUAUAAUGACUCCGAGCACCUUGUCUGUGAUGGCGAAGAGGACUCUGAGUAUGCAGAAACCAUGGCGUUCUCUGAUGAAGAACCAAGUUAUGAGGAUUCAGAAACUGGCAUGUCAUUGGAGGAGGAGGCAGAGAAGGAGAAAAGUAUGGAAGAAAGAAAAAAGGUGUUUAAAGAUGUCCUGUCAUGUUUGAACAUGGAUAGGAGUAGAAAGCUUCUGCCAGACUAUGUUAAACAAUUCUCCUUAGAUCGUGGAUGUAAGUGGACACCUGAGACUCCAGCAGACUUAGCCUGGAAUUUCCUGAUGAAAGUUCAAGCACUCGAUGUGACAGCUAGAGAUUCAGUCCUCAGACAUAAGGUUCUGUGUGAGGAUAGCCAAGGGGAAUUGCCAACUGGAGCAGAGAAUUUAGAAGUUAGAGACAUACAAACCAUCAAUCCCCUUGAUGUCCUUUGUGCCUCUAUGCUGUGCUCAGACAGCUCUUUGCAACGCAAAGUCAUGUCAAGCAUGUAUCAGUGCAAGUUUGCUGUUCCCCUGCUACUGCCAGAUGCAGAGAACAACAAAAGCAUUUUAAUGCUGGGGGCCAUGAAAGACAUUGUGAAGAAGCCAUCAACACAGCCUUCAGGAGGGCCUACAGGGGAGACAGAGAAGUUUCUGACUGUCAUGAAGAUGCCUGUCAUCUCUUUUGUGCGUCUAGGAGACUGUAGUUUCUCCAAGUCCAGAAUCCUCAACACACUGCUCAGCCCUGCCCAGCUGAAAUCCCACAAAGUCUUUCUCCAUCAGGAUUGGCCUGUUCUGGUGCUUCCCCGGCAAAUCUCUGAUGGCCUGGUUGAAAUAACCUGGUGUUUUCCUGAUAGCGACCGUCUAAAGGAAAACCCCAGUUUCUUCCAAAGGCCUGUGGCUGUGGCCAACCUUCGUGGAGAUCUAGAAAGUUUUUGGACAGAGUUUGGUUUCUUGGUGGAAGUUUCCUCAGCUGUGUUUUUUUUCACCAACUGCCUAGGUGAGAAGGAAUGGGACCUGCUCAUGUUUUUAGGAGAAGCUGCCAUUGAAAGAUGCUACUUUGUCCUGAGUCCCCAGGCUAGGGAGAGUGAAGAGGCUCAGAUUUUCCAGAGAAUCCUGAAGUUGAAGCCAUCACAGUUCCUAUUUUGGGAGGAGGAGGAAGCUGGGGAGAAAGGGAAGAACAUGAAGGGUCUCCAAGCUGCCCUCCAAGAAGUGAUGUCCUCUUCGCUCAGAUGUGUGUCCAUGGAGGACAUGGCUUCCCUGGCCAGGGAGUUGGGGAUCCAGGUAGACCAAGAUUUUGAGAAUGUGCAAGGAAUUCAAGUUUCCUCUAGUGAAAACUUGGUUGGAACAGUUGAAGAUGAGGGACAACAAAGACACAGUAAGCCAAAAAGGUCAUCCGAAUGCCCAUCUGAGAUGCCUGUAAAAGAGCCUGGAUCUGGAUGUGAGGUCAGCCAGAUUCUUCAGAAUUUCCACCUUACCCCAGUAACCACGCCUCAUAUGCAAAACUGUCCUGUACCAAUCCGAAUUGGUGGUAACUUAAACCAUGGUUCUUUGACAGUGCCUUGGGUUACGGGCCCCCACUUUUGGCCAGAGCAGAAGUCUAAGUGGUUCUGUCCUUCGCCCUUUCAGAAUUCAAGGGUCCGUGGUCGAGGUAAAAGAUUUGGGAUUCGAUACUUCCAACCUCAGAGAUUUUAUUCAGGUGACAGGUUUAUGAACUUUCCAAGACCUGCUCAGGGACAUCACAUGGAUGGAAUAUUUGUGAGACCACCCAGACCCAUUCAUCAGUAUGUACAAGCUUGGCCUGAGAGACCACAGACAUUGGGAGCUCAUGAAAGGUCUGCUGCACUGGGCUCCCGGGCAGGUCACCUCCAUUCCCGGGGUUCACAACCAGGAGGACCAGUUAGGAAGCCACAGCCUAGGCCACCCCAACAGCCUAGGCCACCCCAACAGCCUAGGCCAGCCCACACCUCAGGAACACAGCCAACUGAGGCAACUGGAAAACCUAGGAGAAUAGCAACCCAUAUUGCGAAUCCUCACCCUAAAGCCUUUCAACCAGCAGGAGUCAAACAAAAACUCAUAAGACCUGCCUUUCAGCAAGGAUUCAAGCCAGAGACACAAGGUGGGCCAUCAAAUCCAGCUUUCCAAAUGGGAUCCCAUCCUAUGUCCCGCAGCAAAUUUGUACCCAGCUCUCAGUUCCAAUCCAGUCAGCCCAAGCCAUCCCAGGACAAGCACCCCCAGCCCAAACCCUUCCAUCCUAUGCCCUCUCAACCCAAACCCACUCAAACAAAACCCACUCAGCCCCAGCCCUCUCAAGCUAAAUGCUCUCCGUCCAAACCCACUCAGCCCAAGCCAUGCCAGCCCCAGUCCUCCCAAUCUAAGUCUUCUCGGCCCAGACCUACUCAACCCAAGUCAUCUCAAACCAGUCCUUCACAGGCUAAGGCACACUAUCCAAGACCAGGUCCCAAGAAGACAGGGAAGCAUUAAAGUGCUUACUCCAGAGACCUAUGAAAUGUAUCCUUUACCCAGACCACUCCUGUCAUGUAGUAACCUGAAGAAGGGUGGCAGUGAUGAUAAGAGACUACUGUCAUUAUCAUGACAGAAAAAAAAAAA